AUGGGGUCAGGCGAUUUGAAUCUGUUGAAGUCAUGGAAUCCCAAACUUAUGAAAAACAGGAAAAAAGUUUGGGAGACCGAGCAAGAUCUGGUUAACGAGCAGCAGAAGCUUAACACGAGGUUGAAGGAAAUUGAAAAGGAACGGGAGCUGAAUGAGCUGCUGGACGAAUCAAACAAGAACCAUCCGGGUGGUCUCAAGAGCGACUUGAGAUUGAAGAAAUCUGGCCUGGAAUGGAUGUACCAGGAUGCAAAGCUGAGUGACGAAAAGGAGGACUAUUUAUUAGGUAAAAAAAAAUUAGACUCAUCUAUAUUAAACCAACCUACAGCAACAGCAGCAGCAGCAGCAGCAGCGCCAAAGAAUGCCGCUGCCACUGCUUCCGCCGCUACAUCCAAAGGUUCGCACAAGAAAAAGUCAAAAUUGCUUAAAGACGACCCGAUGAGCAAGUUCAAGAUCACAAAGCAACAGAGGAGAACCCCAUAUGCAUCGGAAAGGACAACGCCCCAACGCGGGAAGCUGCCGUCCAAGCCCGCUCCGGACCUGGACUACUAA